AUGUACUUCAGUAUGUAUAAGAUAAAGCUAUUCAUAGAAUGUAUCAAGAACGAUUGGGAUAUGCUAAAAGAUUCGAUAGAGAUUGAAUUAAUGAGGAGACAGGCUAACAUUGCGCGAUGGUAUACGAAAUAUUUUACGCUGAUCAUGUAUAUAAUCACUGUCCUGUUUGUUAUAACGCAUUAUCUGCCGCUGAUUCUCGACGCUGUGACUCCAUUAGUCGAACCUCGGCUACGGAAGCUGGUCGUAGUGCUAGAUAUGUUCAUCGAUCAACAAAAGUACUUUCACGUGCUACUGUUAAAUAUAACGGUGACAGGUUUCUUGGGCAUGACCACCGUGUUAGCGGCUGAGACUAUGUUGAUGGUACUGAUACAACACGUUUGCGGAUUGUUGAAAGUUACCAGUCAUCGAAUAACUCACGCUUUCAAUAAUGAUUGCUUGCCUGUUCUUAAAAAAGACAGAAAAUGCAAUGUUUGUAUCAGACUGGCGCGCGCUGUGAAGAUUCAUAAGAAUGCUAUCAUGUCAGAAAACGUUUAA